UAUGAAAACUUUUUAAAUUGCUUUUCGUUAUCUAAUAUAAUUUAGACACUAUUAUAAAAUCGUCCAUAAACAUACUUUUAACAAUAUUCUUUUUUAGUGAUUAUAUAAAGUUCUAGGAAAGGUUUAAAACAGAAAAAAAAAAACACAUUGGCAGUCAGAGAGCCAAUCGAGAAUUUUAUUCCACUCGACGAACAGCAGGCCCAAAGUAAAAAUAGCCAAUCUUGUAAACACAACAGCCAAAAUGAGGAAGUUAAAACAAGGAAACUUUCUUUCUGACUAUGCGCCUUUUGUUGUCUAGAGGCAAAACCUUUAUACUUUCUACUUUAUGGGAAUCAUCUGACAAGUGUUGUGGGACAAACUUGUUCCAGUUGACAGUUGAGUCACCAAUAUGGCGUACUUUGAUGUGGCGGGCCUGGAUGGGAGCCCACAGUUGCCCAGUAUCAAGACGGAAUACAUGAUUGACCGCGACAAUAACUACAUCGAUGUGGACUUCCUGUUCCCAAAUGGCAUUCUACUUCCCUUCUCUGUGGACUACUUCUCUCCCAUGGAUCAGAUCAAGAGUAUCAUUUGGAGGGAAGUCCACAACUACCCUCUGGCCGACAACUUACGGGCAGAAAACUCUUACAACUUUUUCUUCAUCAACCGAAUGGGGGAAAGGGAGGAAGUGAUGGACGAGAGUCAGAACCUGGAGGAGUUGCAGCCCUUCCUGGCAAUGUUUCAGCUCGUGGAGAACAAAGAAGAUGACCGCUCCAAGACUCUGGACAAAAAAAUUGACCACUUGAUCGGUCGUGGUAUUCAGAAGCAAGAAUCAUUUCAAACAGCCGAGAUAAACCACUUCAAGCAGAAAAUGUCGGAGAUGGCAAGAGAAAUCACCAUAUUGAGGCGAGCAAAGAGCCCCAUGGAAAAGUUCCAGUGGAAGUAUCCGGUGAGGUUACGUAGUCACGACUUUAUACCGUCACAAGUAGAGAGUCGCAUCGUUAACGGAGCCAUCGUUGUGGACAUCGGCUUUGGAGAGGCCAAGAUGUGCUACAAACUGCGGGUCAGCCACAAUGGCACACCGGAGGAUGCGGUCAAGAUGGCUCUGAACAAGAAAAGGACCACGCUCGGAACGCCGCUCGAGGACUCCAAGCUUUAUAUUCUCAAGGUCAUUGGGCAAGAGGAAUAUUUGUACGGAGAACACUCGCUGAUUCAGUUCAAGUAUGUGUACCAGUGCCUGGUAAAGAACACGGCCCCUCAGUUCUGGAUGGUUCGCAAGGACACUUUGCCAGAGGCCACGCCCCCUGUGCCAUACCGCCCCACCCCCAGCCCCAUCCUCCACCAGGACUCUGUGAAAAGCAAUGACAUCAUCGUGUGGAACAUCAAGGUGCCGUACAAGAUACAGGUGCAGGGUAUCUCAAAGCUACAGCUGGCGGAUGGCACCAAGGACCUGUGUUCAUGGGUGAACAUCCCCGUGUACGAUUUCAAGCUCAGACUGCAGAGAGGGGACCGCGAGCUGCCCAUGUGGCCACAAGACUUGCUACAACAACCAGAGGAACACUGCUACCCUCUGGGUGGUGUGUCACUCAACGUGCUCCGCAUGGAUGCGUCCUUUGUCAAGGUCAACUUCCCUGAUGUCGCCUACACUAAGGGAGCCUAUCUGGUCUACCCUCCCUAUGACAAGGUUCUGGAGUGUGCGUCAGAGAACAUGGUGUCCGACGGAGAGGUGGGAUCUCCGAGCAUGAAGGUGAGCAAGAUCCACCUGGAGCAGCUAGCCCAGGCCUUGUACCAGUCGGACCAGCUGUUUGAGCAGGACAAGGAGCUCAUCUGGAUGCUGCGCUACGAGGUGUGCCAGCGCUUCCCCAACAGUCUGACACGCGUGCUGCAGUCCGUCAAGUGGAACAGCUACAUCGAGGUGGCCACGAUGACGGCCCUGUUGCAGACCUGGCCGACCCUGCCCGUGGACUUUGCCCUGGAGAUCCUGGACUACGAAUACCCCGACCGGAACGUCCGAGAGUUUGCCGUCAAGUGUUUGGACAAAGAGCUCAGUGACGACGACCUCGCCCAGUACCUGCUACAGCUGGUCCAGGCCCUCAAGUUCGAGACCCACCUGUGCUGCCCCCUGGCGGAGUUCCUGCUACGGAGAGCCCUCAAGAACCAGCACAUGGGUCAUAAACUCUUCUGGCUGCUGAAAUCAGAGACGUACAACGCUGCGGUGAGCACUCAGUACCGGCUGCUCUUAGAGUGUUAUCUGCGACAUAAUGAGGACCAUCUGUUGGUGCUGAUGAAACAGCAGGAGGCGCUCAAGAAACUGUGUGGGCUCAACUCUCUCAUAAAGUUGGGGAAUAUUGGAGAUCAGGCCCACAAAGAACAAGCCAUGCAGCACAUGACUAAGGUUCUGAACCAGAAGACCUACAAGAAGUGUCUGUCUCAGCUCUCCAGCCCGCUCACUCCUCUCUAUAAGAUGCGCGAGCUCAGGGUGGAGAAGUGCAAGUUCAUGAGCUCUAAGAAGCGCCCCCUGUGGCUGGUGUGGGAAAACUCGGAAUGAACCCGUACAUGUGUAUGGCCACAGACCUGGAGCAGGGCAUGAUCGAGGUGGUCUCGCCCGCAGACACCAUGGCCAACAUCCAGCGCUGGUUCAAGAAGACGGCCUUCGACAAACGGGCGCUGUUUGAGUGGCUCAAGAUGAAACACAAGUCUCCCGAGCAUCUGGACGCGGCGGUGGAAGAGUUCCUGAUGUCCUGUGCCGGCUACUGCGUGGCCACGUACGUCAUCGGUGUGGGCGACCGCCACAACGACAACAUCAUGAUGAAGUCUUCCGGUCAGAUGUUCCACAUCGACUUUGGCCACUUCCUGGGCAACUUUAAGAGCAAGUUCCACGUGAAGCGAGAGCGCGUGCCCUUUGUCCUCACCUCCCACUUUGUCUACGUCAUCACCAAGGGCGACACCGAGAGAGGAAAUUUUGACAGGUUCCGCGUGAUGUGCGAGAAAGCAUUUCUGAUCCUGCGCAACAAGUACUCCCUGCUCAUGUCGCUGUUCAUGAUGAUGCUGUCGGGCGGCAUCCCCCAGCUCAGCUCCCCGAAGGACGUCAACUACCUGCGGGAGACGCUGGUCCCUCACCUCUCGGAGAUCGACGCACGUGCCCACUUCCGCAGCAAGUUCAACCAAGCCCUGAAGGGAGCCUGGAAGACCAGCCUCAACUUCUGGUUCCACAUACAGCUAAACCAGUGAUCUCCCCUAGUAGUACUAUCGGGAGAGAAAUCUGUGGGAAGAGGCCGAGCGUAGACUCGCUGAAGAAAUGUGUCGCAUUGUGGGAGAAAUCGAGCGUUCGUCAAAGUAACAAAAUCAAAGAGACUGGCAUUUAUUCAUUUUAUUCACGUGUUAGGAAGUUUAUCGAAUUUUUUUUUCUUUUGGUUCAGAAUGUUUAUGUCCUUUUAAAAAACACCAUUAGUGUGUAGAUUGUCCUGAAAACUGUUGAUCACAGGGACAAGACCAAUGUCAAAUUGCUGAUUUUGAGGACUCUCAAGCUUUGGGAGUCACCAAAGUUCGCCGGCUAUUUUCUCACUAGUUUUACCUCUUGACACCAGACGACCCCCACCUCCUUCACUUGCAAAUAUUUCUACUUUUUCUUAAGAUAAAUGAGUAUUUUUUUUCCAUCAAAGACAAGAUAAAUGCUAUCUUUCAUAAACGAA